CCCUUCCACACAGGCCCCGCCCCUCUCGAACAGGCCCCGCCUCCCCACCGUGGGGUCGGGGCCGCCCGGGACCCCCGGGGCUCUGGGGGGACCCCCGGGAUCGCGACCCCCGGGAUCGGGACCCACCCGGCCCGGCCCGGCCCGGCCCAUGGGGACCCCCGGCUCCAGCGUUGACCCCGGCCUUGACCCCGGCCUGCAGCUGCCCAAGGCCCUCGCCUGGCUUGGCUCCAGCCCGGCCACCCUGCCCGCCUGACCCCGCCGCUUCCCGGCAGAGCGGUCCCCGCCGGCCUGGCACCAUGGCAGCCCUGGGCACCCUGCUGCUCCUCGGCCUGCUCCUCACGGCCCCGCCGGCGCUGGGGCAGAGCCCGGGCCGGCAGCGGCGGCCGCCCCCUGCCCAGAGCCCGCUGGAGAAGGUGGCGGCUCAGGAGGAGCUCAGCCUCCCCCAGCUUGCAGGGAGGUGGUUCCUGGUCGGCGUGGCCUCCCGCUGCAGCUACCUGGCAGAGCACAGCCACCAGCUGGAGGCCACCACGGUGACGGUGACCAUCCUGGAGGGGCAGAGCCUGGCCAUCAGCACCUUCAGGAAGCUGGACGGGAUGUGCUGGGAAAUCCGUCAGCGCUACCUCCCCACCCAGGCCCGCGGACGCUUCCUCCUGAAGGGCCGUGGCUAUGGCAGCAAAGUGGACGUGGUGGUGGGUGAGACAGACUACAGCACCUACGCCAUCCUCUAUUACCAGAAGGGCCGGAGCAUCUCUGUCAAGCUCUACGGACGGACCAGCCGGGUCAGUGACACUGUCGCGGAGAAGUUCGAGCAGCGUGUCAGGGCUGUGGGCCUGAACGAAGACGUGACCUACUACUUCCCCCAAUACGGAUUUUGCGACUCCGCAGAUGAGUUUCACAUCCUCGAUGAAACAAAGCCGUAAGUGCAGGAGGUCCCCAGAGCUCAGCCCUCGCCUCAUCCAGCCGCCCAUGGCCACGCAGGACCAAGCUGGGGUUUGGGAAGACCCUGCUGCUGCUCCACAGCCCUGGAGCCAGCCCUGGGGCUCCCCGGCUCCUCCAGCUGUGCUGUCCUUGUCCUGUCCCCCCACGGCUUUGUGUCACCCCUCUGCUCUGCGCCCCCGUGCCCUGCGGCAGCCAGCGACACCCCAAUAAAUGCCUCAGAGGAGA